UGUACUGUUUUUUGUUUUUAUGUUAAUUUGCUGCUUACUUUUCUUUCUUUGCCCCCAGACUCUGCCUGAAGUCUAAUAUCCCACUUCCCUCCGUCAUCUGCUUCCAAAGCUUCCAACAACAUUCCCGGGUUUUACCCAUUCCGCCAACAAAUUAGGGUUUUCUAUCUGCCCUCAUCUCUGCUGAUUUUAGUACUCCAAUGUAGUGAUAGCCACCGCAGUGGCAGAUUCUUUUCAUGAAUUGGUUGUGAGUUGAAAAUGGUGAAUGAAGAAAUCCUGAAGGCGGUUUUCCCUUUACUGGAGGGUGUGGACCUUGCUUCUUGUAUGGGAGUGUGCAAGCGGUGGAGACAGAUAGCUCGAGAUGAUUUCUUUUGGAAGCGUCUAUGCGCCAAGAGAUGGCCCUCUACCUGCAAGCGACCUAACCCUCCCACUCUAACCUAUUGCAAGCUGUAUCAAAACUUUUAUAAGCGCCACCACCGUCGAACUCUUCUUCCACCAAGACUUUCCUUUGAUGACUUGGAAUUUUUCAUUGAUAUAUGGACUGAAGAUCGAUUUCUCUUUUCUGAAGUGAUCCCUGGCCCCGUUCUACAGAAAGGUACCAAAAUCCCACCACCAGGAGUAUGUGACAUGCUUAGAUAUCACCUGGAGGGUGCUGAGUACAAGAUGAAACUCCCUGUUGAACCAAGGUUUGCGGUUCCUCUGACCCAGACCGUGAGUGUUUCAGUGCUUGUGGAGCGCAAGGAUUCUAACAGGGUUGCACGUAUAAUUGAUAAUUCUAUGUUUGACUACAUUGAUCGAACAGCAUCUAGAGCCAUGGCAAAUGAAUACCUAGACUUCUCAGCGGUCUACCCUUUCACUUCGGGUAUCCGGGCAUGGAUCUCUUUGCUUUUCAUGGACAACGGAGAUGAAGGAGUUAUUGAUGUUUUUGGGAUUGAAAUGGAUUUCAUGGAUGCUGCAAACUCGAAGGAAGAGGUUUUGUGGCUAUUAGACAUGCUUGAUUGGAAGUGAAGGUUUCACUUGCAAGGCCAUUCAGAUAAUAAAGAGCGACCGAAUUGGAUGCAACAAUGAUGCUUUUGUCUUCCACGGUUUAGUUGACAUGCAGAGUCUGCAUAUGGAAGAAAACAGCGCAACGCUGUCAUGUUCAGCGUAAACACUUUGCUUCAGCGGUAUCACUUUCUUUCAUGUGUUGCAUAUUCGAAAUUUUGAAGUUUGUACAUGCUUGUUUUCUUCAUUACUGCGAAUAAAUUACGAACCUUCAUCUUUGCUCCGUA